CCGCCCGCGCCGCCUGUGUCGGGGCCCGCGGCCGGCCCGCACCCGCCACCCGGCCCGCUGCUGCCGCCGCGCUUCUAUCCGCGCUACGUGCUGCCGCUCGCCUUCGGCAAGUACUUCGCGUCCGUGUCGGCGCACGUCAGCAUCUGGAAGGUGCCCGUGUCCUACGCGCACACCGUCAAGGCCACCAUGCCCAUCUGGGUGGUCCUCCUGUCCCGGAUCAUCAUGAAGGAGAAGCAGAGCACCAAGGUGUACCUGUCACUCGUGCCCAUCAUCAGCGGCGUGCUGCUGGCCACCGUCACUGAGCUGUCCUUCGAUGUGUGGGGGCUGCUCAGCGCCCUGGCAGCCACACUGUGCUUCUCGCUUCAGAACAUCUUCUCUAAGAAGGUUCUGAGGGACUCACGCAUCCACCAUCUCCGGCUGCUCAACAUCCUGGGGUGCCACGCUGUCUUCUUCAUGAUCCCCACAUGGGUGCUGGUGGACCUCUCGGCGUUCCUCGUCAGCAGUGACCUGACCCACGUGUCCCAGUGGCCCUGGACGCUUCUGCUGCUGGCGGUCAGUGGCUUUUGCAACUUGGCCCAGAAUGUCAUCGCCUUCAGCAUCCUCAGCCUGGUCAGCCCGCUCAGCUACUCAGUUGCCAGCGCCACCAAGCGGAUCACGGUCAUCGCUGUGUCCCUGCUCAUGCUGCGCAACCCGGUCACCAGCACCAACGUGCUGGGCAUGCUGACCGCCAUCCUUGGGGUCUUCCUGUACAACAAGACCAAGUACGAUGCGAACCAGCAGGCCAGGAAGCGCCUGCUGCCUGUGUCUGCAGCAGACCUGGGCGGCCGGGAGCGGCCCCACAACGGCGUGCUCUUCCCCGCCCAUGGGGACCUCCAGUAUGGCCGCAGUGGCGGCGGUGGCAUCCUCACGGAUCACUUUCAGUACAGCCGGCCUGGGCAGCCCAGCUCGUACACCUUGAACCGCUAUGACGUGUAGUGCCUGGGGCACAGGGUGGCCAGGCCCACACCCCAGCGGUAUCAGACGCUCCUGACACCAGUGAUGGCCGGUGGUCAAGGGAUAGGGUGUGGCCUGCCCAAGGAGACCCUGCUGUCCACUGGGGGCAGGAUGGGGUUCCUGCCAGGCGAAGUCCCUUCCUGUGCUGUCCCAGCUCCUCAGCACAGUGGAAGCGGCUGGCGAUAUGGGUGCUGCUCGCCUGGAGUGGCCAAGAGGUGGCCAGGAGGAACCCAGGAGCAGAGGGCAAGCUGUGGGGUGGAGCCGGAUGGUGACCAUGGGCCACAGGGGCAGCAGGCUGACAGAGGUUUGCAUGGAGUGGCCAAGUUGGGGUGGGGAAGGGGGCAGGAGGGCUGUCUUGCCUUCUCAUCUACCUGAGCAGGGUGGGCCCAGGCAGCCAAGGGGCUCUGGGGAUCCAGGGCCCUCCCAGCCCAAGCCUGGUGCUGCCGCCUCUGGUGAGGACCUGCAGGCUGGCAGCCGGGUCAUGGGAGUGCGCUCCUAGCAGUGCUCAGCACAGGAGGGCGGCCCCGGCUCAGUUGGAAACCACUUCGUUGUUCCCACGAGGCUGCCUGGUGCCACCCUUGGGGACAAGCAGAAAGCAGCUGGCCUUGGAAGUUGCUUCUCAGUGGCUACACAGCUGAUGACAAUCGAAUCUAGAGCAGUAUCCCCGGGAACUGUCACCCACAGAGCCACACCUGCCUCCGCCUAUGUCUGUGCUGUUUCUCCGUCAGGAUCCAGUCCUGUCCUGUUAGAUCCAGGGCAGGGACACCAAGCAGGACACGGUUUGCCAAGUCAGACCCUUCACUCAGGACUGAGUCUGGAGCAAGGCCACACUGAGGCCACACCUGCAACUGUUAUGGAGGCUGAGGCCGGGCAAUCUAGGCACCCUCAACAGACCCCAUCUCAAGGAACAAAAAGAAGUUUGGAUUCAGCAGAAUCACAUCAAGAAAACUAGGAUCCUGUGUGGCACAGCCCAUGAAGCCUCCAGCUUUUUUGGUGUUGGAAAGGGGCCACAUCUCUGUUCCUGGGCUGGGGGACAGUUCUGCUGACCUUGCCUGCAAGCACGGUGGUUCCCUAUUGCAGGAGAAGCAAGGUGACACCCCGCUCCUGGGUCUCUCCUUAGAACCAGACUUCACCAGUUAGAGCGCCUCUGCUCUUGGGAGGACUGCUCUUCGCGUGGCCAGCAGAGGCCUGGUGUUUCUGGAGGUGCUGCAGGCGCUCUAGUCACGUCUUGGCUUCUAGGUGAAAGACAACUGGUACAAAGUAGGGAGAGGUGGUAGGUGUACUCGUGCACACCUGUUGUACCUGCUACUUGGGAGGCUGAAGCAGGAGGAUAAGGAGCCUGAGGCCAGCUGGGCCAGACUGUGUCAGAAGCUUGCCCAGCCCAAGGAAGGCCCUGGUUCCUGUCACCAGCACUGGGACAGAUGUGGUUUACAAAAAGACCUUGUGAAAGCUAGGCGCAGCCAUGCCUGGGCUGGGGGACAGUUAUGCUGAUGUUGCCUGCAAGCACAGUGGUUCCCUAUUGCAGGAGAAGCAAGGUGACACCCUGCUCCUGGAUCUCUCCUUAGAACCAGACUUC